CCAGAUGGGGGAGAAGCGGCGACGGCGGCAGUGGAAUAAUCGAGCCGGAGCGUGAGCGGCCCCGGGGCUCAGUUCCCCGCGGAGGCCAUGGGCGACCCAGCCACCGCCCGCAGCCUGGACUACAUCGACCUGUCCGCCCUGCGGGACCCUGCUGGAAUCUUUGAGCUGGUGGAAGUGGUCGGCAAUGGAACCUACGGACAGGUGUACAAGGGUCGGCAUGUCAAGACUGGGCAGCUGGCUGCCAUCAAGGUCAUGGAUGUCACAGAGGAUGAGGAGGAAGAGAUCAAGCAGGAGAUCAACAUGUUGAAAAAGUAUUCUCACCAUCGAAACAUUGCCACCUACUAUGGAGCCUUCAUCAAGAAGAGUCCCCCUGGAAACGAUGAUCAGCUCUGGCUGGUGAUGGAAUUCUGUGGUGCUGGUUCAGUGACCGACCUGGUAAAGAACACAAAGGGUAACGCUCUGAAAGAGGACUGCAUCGCCUACAUCUGCAGGGAGAUUCUCAGGGGUCUGGCCCAUCUCCAUGCCCACAAGGUGAUCCAUCGAGACAUUAAGGGGCAGAAUGUGCUGCUGACAGAGAAUGCUGAGGUCAAGCUAGUGGAUUUUGGGGUGAGUGCUCAGUUGGACCGCACGGUGGGCAGGCGAAACACUUUCAUUGGGACUCCCUACUGGAUGGCCCCAGAAGUCAUCGCCUGUGAUGAGAACCCUGACGCCACUUACGAUUAUAGGAGUGACAUUUGGUCUCUGGGAAUCACAGCCAUCGAGAUGGCAGAGGGCCCCCCUCUGUGUGACAUGCACCCCAUGCGAGCCCUCUUCCUCAUCCCUCGGAAUCCUCCACCCAGGCUCAAGUCCAAGAAAUGGUCUAAGAAGUUCAUUGACUUCAUCGACACAUGUCUCAUCAAGACUUACUUGAGCCGCCCACCUACAGAACAGUUACUGAAGUUUCCCUUCAUCCGAGACCAGCCCACGGAGCGGCAGGUCCGCAUCCAGCUCAAGGACCACAUCGACCGGUCCCGGAAGAAACGGGGUGAGAAAGAGGAGACAGAAUACGAGUACAGCGGCAGUGAGGAAGAAGAUGACAGCCACGGAGAGGAAGGAGAGCCAAGCUCCAUCAUGAACGUGCCUGGCGAGUCCACACUACGCCGGGAGUUUCUCCGGCUUCAGCAGGAGAAUAAGAGCAACUCAGAGGCUUUAAAGCAGCAGCAGCAGCUGCAGCAGCAGCAACAGCGAGAUCCUGAGGCACACAUCAAACACCUGCUACACCAGCGGCAGCGACGCAUAGAGGAGCAGAAGGAGGAGCGGCGGCGUGUUGAGGAGCAACAGCGGCGGGAGCGGGAGCAGCGGAAGCUGCAGGAAAAGGAGCAGCAGCGGCGGCUGGAGGACAUGCAGGCGCUGCGGCGGGAGGAGGAGCGGCGGCAGGCGGAGCGAGAGCAGGAAUAUAUCCGUCACAGGCUAGAGGAGGAGCAGCGACAGCUCCAGAUCCUUCAGCAACAGCUGCUCCAGGAACAAGCCCUGCUGCUGGAAUACAAGCGGAAGCAGCUGGAGGAGCAGCGGCAGUCAGAACGUCUCCAGAGGCAACUGCGGCAGGAGCACGCCUACCUCAAGUCCCUGCAGCAGCAGCAACAGCAGCCCCAGCAGCUUCAGAAACAGCAGCAGCAGCAGAUCCUGCCUGGGGAGAGGAAGCCCCUGUAUCAUUAUGGUCGGGGCAUUAAUCCCGCUGACAAGCCAGCCUGGGCUUGAGAGGUAGAAGAGAGAACAAGGAUGAACAAGCAGCAGAACUCUCCCUUGGCCAAGACCAAGCCAAGCAGCACAGGGCCUGAGCCCUCCAUCCCCCAGGCCUCCCCUGGACCCCCAGGACCUCUUUCCCAAACUCCUCCUAUGCAGAGGCCGGUGGAGCCCCAGGAGGGACCACACAAGUCCCUGCAGGGCCAGCCCACCCGAAACCUGGCUGCCUUCCCAGCCUCUCACGACCCUGAUCCUGCCAUCCCCACACCCGCUGCCACGCCCAGUGUCCGGGGAGCUGUCAUCCGCCAGAAUUCAGACCCCACCUCUGAAGGGCCUGGCCCCAGCCCCAACCCCCCAGCCUGGGUCCGGCCAGACAACGAGGCCCCACCCAAGGUGCCUCAGAGGACCUCAUCUAUCGCCACUGCCCUUAACACCAGUGGGGCCGGAGGGUCCCGGCCAGCCCAGGCUGUCCGAGCAAGACCUCGCAGCAACUCCGCCUGGCAAAUCUAUCUGCAAAGGCGGGCAGAGCGGGGCACCCCCAAGUCUCCAGGGCCCCCUGCUCAGCCCCCUGGCCCACCCAACGCCUCUAGUAACCCCGACCUCAGGAGGAGCGACCCUGGCUGGGAGCGCUCAGACAGUGUCCUCCCGGCCUCUCAUGGGCACCUUCCUCAGGCUGGCUCGCUGGAGCGAAACCGUGUGGGAGCCUCCUCCAAACUGGAUAGCUCCCCAGUGCUCUCCCCUGGGAACAAAGCCAAGCCUGAUGACCACCGCUCCCGGCCAGGCCGGCCCGCAGAUUUCGUGUUACUGAAAGAGCGGACUCUGGAUGAAGCCCCUCGGCCUCCCAAGAAGGCCAUGGACUAUUCAUCAUCCAGUGAGGAAGUGGAAAGCAGUGAAGAGGAUGAGGAGGAAGGUGAUGGCGAGCCAUCAGAGAGGAGCAGAGACACCCCAGGGGGCCGCAGUGAUGGAGACACAGACAGCGUCAGCACCAUGGUGGUCCAUGACGUUGAGGAAAUCCCUGGGACCCAGCCCCCAUAUGGGGGCGGCACCAUGGUGGUCCAGCGUACCCCUGAAGAGGAGUGGAGCUUGCUGCAUGCUGACAGCAACGGUUACCCAAACCUGCCUGAUGUGGUCCAGCCCAGCCACUCACCCACUGAAAACAGCAAAGGUCAAAGCCCACCUUUGAAGGAUGGAGGAAAUGAUUACCAAUCUCGUGGGCUAGUAAAAGCCCCUGGCAAGAGCUCGUUCACGAUGUUUGUGGAUCUAGGGAUCUACCAGCCUGGAGGCAGUGGGGACACCAUCCCCAUCACAGCCCUAGUGGGUGGAGAGGGUACUCGACUUGAUCAGCUACAGUACGACGUGAGGAAGGGCUCUGUGGUCAAUGUGAACCCCACCAACACCCGGGCCCACAGUGAAACUCCUGAGAUUCGCAAGUACAAGAAACGAUUCAAUUCUGAGAUCCUCUGUGCAGCCCUUUGGGGGGUCAACCUGCUGGUGGGCACGGAGAAUGGGCUGAUGCUGCUAGACCGAAGCGGGCAGGGAAAGGUAUAUGGACUCAUUGGGCGGCGACGCUUCCAGCAAAUGGAUGUGCUGGAGGGGCUCAACCUGCUCAUAACCAUCUCAGGGAAAAGGAAUAAACUGCGGGUGUAUUACCUGUCAUGGCUCCGAAACAAGAUUCUGCACAAUGACCCAGAAGUGGAGAAGAAGCAGGGCUGGACGACUGUGGGGGACAUGGAGGGCUGUGGGCACUACCGAGUUGUGAAAUAUGAGCGUAUUAAGUUCCUGGUCAUUGCCCUGAAGAACUCUGUGGAGGUGUAUGCCUGGGCCCCCAAACCCUAUCACAAAUUCAUGGCUUUCAAGUCCUUCGCUGACCUUCCUCACCGCCCUCUGCUGGUUGACCUGACCGUAGAGGAGGGACAGCGUCUCAAGGUCAUUUAUGGCUCCAGUGCUGGCUUCCAUGCUGUGGAUGUCGACUCGGGGAACAGCUAUGACAUCUAUAUCCCUGUGCAUAUCCAGCGCCAGAUCACGCCCCAUGCCAUCAUUUUCCUCCCCAUUACUGAUGGCAUGGAGAUGCUGCUGUGCUAUGAAGACGAGGGGGUCUAUGUCAACACAUAUGGGCGGAUCAUCAAAGAUGUGGUGUUGCAGUGGGGAGAGAUGCCCACCUCUGUGGCCUACAUCUGCUCCAACCAGAUCAUGGGCUGGUGUGAGAAAGCCAUUGAGAUCCGUUCUGUGGAGACAGGCCACCUGGAUGUGGUCUUCAUGCACAAACGAGCCCAGAGGCUCAAGUUCCUGUGUGAGCGGAAUGACAAGGUCUUUUUUGCCUCAGUCCGCUCCGGGGGCAGCAGCCAAGUUUACUUCAUGACUCUGAACCGUAACUGCAUCAUGAACUGGUGACAGGGCCCUGGGCUGGGGCUGUCCCACACUGGACCCAGCUCUUCCCCCAACAGCCAGACUUCCCAGGCCUCUCCUUUUUCCCCCCUCCCUGGGCUUUUGCUUUUACUGGUUUGAUUCACUGGAGCCUGCUGGGAACAUGACCUCUGACCCCCAAUGCUUUUGUGAUCACGUGACCAUCCUCUCCCCAACAUAUUCUUUCCCCAAAACUGUGCCCCUCUCCAACUUCUGGGGAGGGACACAGCUUCCCCUUACCAGGAAUCAAAUGGGCCUAGCCCCACCCCCCUUUUCUCCACUUCAGAGGAAAGUGCUGGGGUUUGGACCCCUUAACCCACUGCUGCUGACUGGGCAGGGCCCUGGACCCCUUAAUUUGCACGUCAGGGGAGCCUGCUCCCCCCUUGAAUGUACCAGACCCUGGGGGGGGUCACUGGGCCCUAGGUUUUUGGGGGGUCACCAGCCACUCCAGGGGCAGGGACCAUUUCUUCAUUUUCUGAAAGCACUUUAAUGAUUCUCCUCCCCCCAAACCCCAGGGAAUGGAGGAGGGACCCCGCCAGCCAAAACAUUCCCCCUUCCCAAACCAGAUCCCCUCUAUUGGCCUCUGCCCCUCCUUGGAGUGAGGGAGUAGGAUGCUCUCCCCUCCAGCCCCCCUUGCUUGCAUCUGUACAUAGUGUGAGCAGCAAGUAGCCCUUUUCCUCCUCCCUCCCCCUUCCUCAAUGUAGUGGCCUUGGAUAUCCCGUUUGUUAAUAAAGACAAUUCAACCAGC